CAAGUGAAGGGCAAAUUUUUGAAGACUUUGAAUGCAAUCCGAAACCCUAAAUACCCUCCGUACUCAACUCCACCGUUUCAGCACACUGAAUUGGCCGUUGGGGCGAGGACAACCAUUGUGGAAUCGUUACGCAAGCUGCAUGCCCAGUUUACCUUCGUGCCUCACUCCUCCUUACGGUGCACAGCGAGUUUAGCCAUUCGCUUGAACUGUCCCCUCCUCGCUAGCUCAUCAGAUUACUUCGCGCUUGUCUCCGCCACCGAACUUUGCGACGUGGCCGACGCUCAAUCUUUUCGUCUUGUGCCCCUUCGUUACUUGAGUUUUCAACCGAUUUCGCAACAACCCUGCAUGCUUCCAGCUCAUGAAUUUCUGCCGCUUAAUUCGGAACUAGCUGCAGUCCAUCCCAAGCACCGUCCGCUGCUCGCUCUGCUUCUAGGGACUGAUACCAUGCUUAAAUCCAGACUGCCACCAGAAGUGCAGGCAGCGUGGAAAUCCAAUGAAUCCUCACAUCCGAAAGAACGACGUUUCUCUGUAUUAGUACAGUGGUUAUCACAGCACAGAACCAACACUGACGCUCCCGUCGAUCAGGUGAUCGACGCAUAUCCCGAACCGCAUCGUCCCAAUUUCAUUCAUCAGUUAACUGACUGUUUAGCAUAUUACAUUUACCAUCCAAUGAUGGAUAGCAAAGGAUUGACAAGGCAGCUCCAAAUCCCCAAUUUGUCCCCAUCUGAAAGCACGGAUGACCUGACUGCUGCGCUCAAAAUAACCUCCUUCUAUGAUGCUCAACGCAGUCAGGCGCCGUUUGUUCAAGAGGAUAUAUUCAAGCUUUUGCGUGGCUUACGCGACAACAGAGCGUAUCCUAGUGAUUUCACUGUCGGAUGGCCUGAUCGGCUGGUUAAUGCGUAUCGAGGUGGGAAAAUUGUAUCGUCGUUCAUGCGAGCUUUGUACAGUUCCGGUUUCUGUAUGACAGGGAAACCUAACGACAUGUCUACGGUUGUCUGUUUGCCACUCCGCGUCAUGCACUAUCGAAUCAUGCUUGGUUUGGAACGUCAGUUGGGUGGUUGUAUCAAAUUGGUUGGGCUUAGUCCGCAUGCUACGGAGUACUUUAUUCGAGACGGUAAAGUAUUCGCCUACACGAUCCCCAUCAGCCCCAUUGUGAUCAAUAUGACACGCGAACAAACCGAUCGAGUGCUCGGAACCUUAUUUUCCACCACUCUCCCCACCACUCCUACGCAGCCCGGUUGGAUGCUAGGGUUGGCAACUGUGCUCUCCUACUGCCAAAGCAAUGUCCCGGAUUAUUUCGGAUUGGUUCCCUUGGAACAGUGUUCCGUGAUACUCGCAUUACUCGGUUGCGCCGUCAUCGCAGCGGAUGAGCCAGACAGCGUGGAUGAUUCACUAAGUGAACAUUUCACCAAAGUGGCCGACGGGAUUGCUGCCGACCAUGAAAACUUAGACUGUAAGACUGAAACCCAUGCGGAAAUAUUUGCGGUUGUCCAACGAGUGUACUACUCAUUCAACUCGUUGGUAAAUUUACUCGAAAGUAUCUUACCACACACUCACGAAUCGCAGUUGUUUCAUUUCCUACCCCCUUGGAACAUCUUUCCAUCUGGCCGAAUUGUUCACUGGUUGGCCGUUGACUUGGACUCCAAACCUCCAGCAACCAGACAACGGGCGAUGUCCACGUUUUGGCUUCCUCGCUUGUGUCAGACAAAACCCGACGUAUCGGCCACGAAACUUGGCUGUUUGAUUUCCUCCUUUGAAACACUUCUACAGACCACCGGCUCUUUAGCUAUGCCUAAGCUAUCCGUAAAACACACGGUACGCGAGAUUCCCGUGCUUGGCCAAUCUCCGAACAACAUUUCCCACAGCCCUCCCAAAUCCGAAGCCCCGGUGGAUGAAAAUAAGCAAUACAACUCGACAUCUGGUCGUGGCGGUCCCACACAACGUGAAGCUCCUUUUAUUAAGCCUAGGCUUUCUUAGAAUUCCUAUGGGUCUGUCGCCUCGUUGCCCCAAAGUUUUGACGAGAAAAGCCGUUCUGGAGUUUCUCCCCCCGCUUUAGAACGGCGACAGUGGUUUUACCGCGCAGAAUCGUCGUGGCUCAUUGCCUUUUCGUGGUCUAGGCCCCAGACGGCGCCCACCAUCACAGUAUGCUGAGCGCCUUCGAUUGCGACUAGACGAAAAUGUUCAGCCAUGACGCUUUUAUCCAUGGCCAUUUACUUGAUCCCUAUUCGAUGCCACAUUCCCUCAUCGCGCUGACGAUUCAUUGUAGGAUCUCGUUGCCUGGCUACGUUUUCUAUUUUCACCUUUCCCGCUACAUCCCAUACAACGCUUCUGUUGAACCACGCCUGUGUUUUUGCCCCGGUUGUGAGUUUGCUUUAGUCGCCCACUUUACCACACAGUCGAUUUUCGGCUGUGCCAAGUAGGUCUUGCGUAUUAGAGAACCUCCGGUCUAUCCAGUUUGCCAGACGCGCAUCUUUGAGUGUCAUUUUACCCGGUCUUGAACCGAGCGUUCUUCCGUUUUGUUUUCACAUGCCUUAUCCAAGUUUAACGUGCCAUCUAUCUCGAUUGUAAACAUUAUUCUUGUUAUGAGAUGUUUUCUAUUC